CGUCGUCAACUUUGACAUGUCAACUUGAAAAUGUCACUUUGUCUUUGAUUGAAAACAUUGAAAAGUAAAUCGAAUUCUUUUCAGUUAAUGAAUAAAAAUGUCACUUUACGACGAUUUUGAUAAGCAUCGUGCCGCGGAAAAAGUAGCCGGCUGGUCGUCUGGUAUAAAAUUACUUCAAUCGCAAUUACAAUUAAAAAAAGCGGCCACAACUCAGCCAAAACGGGAACAAUAUAGAAAAGCGAGUGCAGUAUUGGCACCUGUAAUUGAUUUAAAGUCGAAAUCUAGGGAAACAGAGCGUGAGGAGGAGCAGGUAAUAUCGAGUCCUCUUGUCAGUUCAGGAGGGAAUAAUAUUGGAAUUUCGAGUGAAUUUGAUUGGAAUGUUGUUAAUGAAUAUGAUCCAAUGUGGCCUAAUGAAUACGAGAAAGUUGUCAAGGAGUUAAGGGACUUGAGGGACAGGGAACAUGAUCAGGAAAGUGAAUUACGAAAACGUAGGCGAGACAGCACACGAUUUGAGGAUAUUCAGCAACAAUCUCCUGCGGGGAAUACAAUGAUUGUUCCCGAGAGAGACGAGGAACGAACUCCAACGUCGAGAGCAAUGCAGGGUGGAGCAGCGAUUGCGCCUCCGCCAUCGUUACAGGAAUAUUCCGAAGCACCUCCAUUAUUUUCGAAGCAAAACAAUAAUCUUGGUAUUAAUUCGAGUUCAAUAGCGGCGAAAAUAAUGGCAAAAUAUGGUUUCAAAGAGGGACAAGGCCUCGGGAAAAAGGAGCAAGGAAUGUCAGUUGCAUUGCAAGUUGAAAAAACAAGUAAACGCGGUGGUAGAAUUGUCAGUGAACGAGAACAAUUAAUGCCACCUCCGCCUCCAGUUCCAAUUUCACCACCUCCAAUGCAACAACAACAAAUGCCACCUCCCGAGGAGCCCAGUAUUACGGAAAUAAUGAAAUCACCAAGCAAGGUGGUGCUCUUGAGAAAUAUGGUGGGACCAGGAGAAGUUGACGAGGAUUUGGAGCCAGAGGUAAAAGACGAAUGUAACACAAAAUAUGGAGAUGUGGCGCGAGUAAUAAUUCACGAAGUUCGCGAAGCACCGGCCGAGGAGGCAGUGAGAAUAUUCGUUGAAUUCAAAAGGAUAGAGAGUGCAAUUAAAGCAGUGGUCGAUUUAAAUGGACGAUUUUUUGGCGGACGAAAUGUAAAAGCUGGUUUUUAUUCUAGUGAAAAAUUAGACAAUCUUCAAUUACUAGACUAAAUCGUCACUUUUUUUAAAAUAAGGUAUUGUAUUUUUAAAAUAAAUCUUCUUAAAAUUUA